AUGAAUCUACAAGCUAUAAAGGAAGCUGCUCUCUAAUUGUAUUUAUUUUAAUUUAAACCAAUAGAAAAGAUAAACUCACAAAACCGCCAUUAACUGAUAUCUUAACAGAAGCUACCUCAAAUGAAAAUUGGAACACACCCACCAAAUUAUUAUAAGAGAUUUCAGAAGCAUCAUUUAUAUUGUAUAAGACAAGCAAUUAAAUAUAGCACAUAAUGUGACACCAUAAUGAAAUUUAUAUGGAAGCGACUUGAUUCUGACAAUCGGGAAUGGAGAAGAAUUUUGAAAGUAUGUCUUACUUUACUAUUAGACACUCAAUCUAAUUGAGUAUUUGACUAAAAAUGGAGCACCACGUUGUGUUGGAGAAUUCAGAGAUUCUAUAUUUAAAAUAAGAAGUUUCUCGGAUUUCAUUUUAAUUGAAUAGGGUUCUGAUAAAGGACUUUCAAGUAGAUUUGAAUCAAUAUUAUUAGUUCGAGAUAAGAGUAAAUAACUUGUUGAUUUACUCUGCGACGAGAAGUAAAUUGAAGAGGAACGAGAGAAUGCAAAAAGGAUUCGAGAGCGUUUGGCAGGCAAUAUUGUUAAUUAAAUUUUAGCUGCAGGAGGAAUUGGAGCCAUAGGAAGUAAUACAAAUUAUUAAGGUUAUGGAAGAGAUGCCUACAAGAAUGACUCAUACAAAGGAUAUGGAAAUGAAUCUUAUAAAAAUGAAGCCACUCGAAAUAAUACUAAUGAAUAAAAUACUACUACUACUAAAUCUGAUUAAUAAACUUAUUGUAAACCAUAUAUCAAUAAAAUUUAGAAUCAAAGUAUGGAAUCUGGGAUAAUAGUGGUCUUGAGAAAUAUAAGAAAGCAGAAACAAAAAAUAAUAAUAAUAAUAAUAAUAACAAUAAUGAUUCUAUUUAAUGGGAUGUACCUAAAGCUGAAGUAAUUUAACCGACAUUCAAAGAAGCUAUUCAAAAUUUAGCCAAGCAAAAUGAAAAAUGGGAUGUUCCAGCAUCAAAACCUACAUAAUAAUAACCAUAAUAAGUUUAAUAGUCAAAACCGUAAAAUACCCAACCAUAAUAACAAUAAACUUAGAAGUAAAAUGUAGUUGAUAUAUUUGAUUUUGAACCUUAAUAAAACCAGUAACCCUAAGUUCAACAUAUUUAGCCACUUUAACCUCCUCCAUCCUAAAAGUAGAAUAAUAAUGAUUGGGGGUCUUUUGAUAAUGUAAAACCCUAAACCUCUACACAACAACAAACAUAAUAAUAGGUUGCUUUACCCUUAGAUACAUUUAAUUAAUAAGUUUAAUAAUAAUAGAUAUAACAAUAAUAAUAGAUAUAAUAAUAACAAUAGAUGCAAAGAUAAUAAAAUAAUUUCUUUGGAUAAGAUCUAUUAUAAAAUUAAUAAUAAUAACUCCAAUAACUAUACUAAUAAUAAUAAAGUUCAUAACCACAGUAAUAUUAUCCACAAUAACAUUAAAAUUAAUAAUCAAAUUUGAAUCUUUAUUAAUAAAAUUAUCAAUAGUCUUUAUAAGUAAACUAUAAUUAAUAACAAUAUAAUGCUAUGAAUCAUCAAUAGUAAUAGUUUUAAGUUAAUUAAUAAUAGCUUAAUUAUAAUUAGUAAAAAGUUUAAUAAACAAAGUAGGAUGAUUUAGUGUUUGGCGAUUUUAUUUCAGCCUAAUAAUAAAAAUAACCAACGAACAAUUAAACAGAUCUUCUUGGGAUGUUGGAUUUGAAAAAAGAGAAAGAAGAAUUAGAGAGCAAGAAAUAGAUACCAAUAGGAAAUCCAUAAAUUUAGCAUAAUUAAAUCUACCCUGACAUAGAUACCUUUGCAUAUAAUUAUCAAAAAAAAUAGUAAACAUUUAGCAAUUGUAAUAUAUUUGAGUUAUUCUAGAUUAAUAUCCAUAAGGAAGAUGA